CUCGACAGCUGUGCUACAGCACAGAGCAAUAACCCGCUUACCUUUGCCAUGCAGGUAUUCACGCUCGCUAUCUCGCGCGUGCUGUUGCCUGCCUUAUCGUUCGCCACCACCGAGACUGCGUCGACAUGCCGGUCCCAAGGAAAUGGCUGGAAAACUCAAGCCUUCUACCGAACAACGCCCCUUACCCAACCGGUAGCCAGUACCUCAACCGACCAGAUGGCGCUAACCCUGGAACACUCGGUCCUCACUUCACCGUGGGAGGCCGCAUCGCCUGGAACAUCAACCUGUUCGUCGCCUACAAGAGAGCUGCGAUCAACCGCGGCGCUUCGUGGGCUCGACAGCUGUGCUACAGCACAGAGCAAUAACCCGCUUACCUUUGCCAUGCAGGUAUUCACGCUCGCUAUCUCGCGCGUGCUGUUGCCUGCCUUAUCGUUCGCCACCACCGAGACUGCGUCGACAUGCCGGUCCCAAGGAAAUGGCUGGAAAACUCAAGCCUUCUACCGAACAACGCCCCUUACCCAACCGGUAGCCAGUACCUCAACCGACCAGAUGGCGCUAACCCUGGAACACUCGGUCCUCACUUCACCGUGGGAGGCCGCAUCGCCUGGAACAUCAACCUGUUCGUCGCCUACAAGAGAGCUGCGAUCAACCGCGGCGCUUCGUGGGCUCGACAGCUGUGCUACAGCACAGAGCAAUAACCCGCUUACCUUUGCCAUGCAGGUAUUCACGCUCGCUAUCUCGCGCGUGCUGUUGCCUGCCUUAUCGUUCGCCACCACCGAGACUGCGUCGACAUGCCGGUCCCAAGGAAAUGGCUGGAAAACUCAAGCCUUCUACCGAACAACGCCCCUUACCCAACCGGUAGCCAGUACCUCAACCGACCAGAUGGCGCUAACCCUGGAACACUCGGUCCUCACUUCACCGUGGGAGGCCGCAUCGCCUGGAACAUCAACCUGUUCGUCGCCUACAAGAGAGCUGCGAUCAACCGCGGCGCUUCGUGGGCUCGACAGCUGUGCUACAGCACAGAGCAAUAACCCGCUUACCUUUGCCAUGCAGGUUAGUAAACCAUACGCUCUGUUCUCAAAGAAAUCAAGCAACUACUUUUUGCUACAGCUGCCGAGCCCACGGUGCUGCUUUUUAAUUGUUGUUGAGUGUACUGACGUCAUUCGUUCCCUGCUCAUGCAAUCGGGCGACGUUGAGUCAAAUCCGGGUCCUAACACAACCGCUAUACUCGACGAAUUGCAUAAAAUAUCAGCUGGUCAGUCCAAACUAAUUUCUGAAGUAAGUAACCUGAAAGAUCAACUUCUAACCACAAAUCAAACUAUCGCCCAGUUGAGCCAGCGGAUGAAUGAUGUUGAAAAACAUUGUCAGAGCCUUACUUUGCUUCGCACAGAAAUAGACAACAUAAAGUCCAACACUGCCCAGACAGCUCGACAAGUAUUCGAACUCGAGGCACGUCUUGACGAUGCCGAAAAUCGAUCCCGGCGAAACAACUUGGUAUUUUAUGGCCUGCCCGAGCCUAGUAAUUCAGAAAGUUACGCCCAAACCGAAGAAUUGGUCAUACAGCACUGUCGUGAGCACCUUGGCCUUACAAUAAAUCCAAAAGAAAUUGAAAGAGUUCAUCGCCUAGGCCGUCACCCUAUUGAGCGCGGCCGCCCUAUUAUCGUUAAGUUUAGCUUCUACAAAAUGAAAGAAGCUGUUCUUUCUAAUGCUCGAAAAUUAAAAGGAACUAAUUACAGUAUCGCACAGGACUUCUCCCGCUCUGUCAGAAACGCUCGUAAGCAUUUGGUUGCUUUUGCCAAAACUAAAUCUGCUCGUUUCCAACUGUCUUACAAGACACUUUCUAUUGGCUCAAAGAAAUAUAUUUAUGACGAAGUCUCGCAAACUGUCAAAGAAUUCAAAUAGCAAUCAACGGGCUGUAAAAGAAAGCAAUCGCAUCAUAGCAAAGUUCCUCGGGCUAACCUUACAUUGUCUGUAAUCUUCACUAAUAUUCGCAGCUUCUUGCCGAAGCGUCAGCUUGUUUCAAAUGUUGUCUUAUCGUCUACCAGCAAUGUGCUCAUAUUAACUGAAACGUGGCUACAUAGCAACAUCAGUGACGAUGAAGUUCUAGCCGACCUGCCUAACUUCUGUAUUUAUCGCAAAGAUCGCAAAGAUGGACGUGGGGGUGGGGUCCUUGUGGCAGUGAAUCAGCAACUAUCAUCUUCAGUAUUCCACGUCGAUUCGG